UUGCUGCUACGACUUAGAAAACAGAGAAAGAGAAGACUGUUAUUUGAGAUUACAACGGUUCCGUGUGAGUUAAUUUGUUAUUUUGGAUCCGUCUUAUUGUGUUAAGUUACCCCUCUACAGUGCGUGCUUCCUGAAAUCACAGCGACAACUCUACCGGCUCACGAUUUGGUGCUCGCUGGGUGGGCAUUUAUCCCUAGUCCCCAGCUAGCUAGCUAGCUGAAAGUGCUAGGCUAGGCUAGGCAGCUCACUAACGUGAUCUGCUCGGCUCUUAGUGACCGGCAUUCCACUCAGCAUUCAAACUAAGUGUAGAGUCGAGUUGUCGGUUGAGAGGCUGUUUGAUCUGUCUGAAAUCAGUCAUGGAGAAAGAUGCCUGUGUAGAGCUGAAGAAUGGUGACGCUGCUGUCGACCAGUCUAAGCCGGCAAAUACAGCUCCUUACAGAUACACUAAGGAGGAGCUUUUGGAAAUCAAGGAGCUGCCAAUCUCCAAUGAAAGGCCUGAAUGUCUCUCUGAGAAAUAUGACAGUGAUGGUGUCUGGGACCCUGAGAAAUGGCACGCCUCACUGUAUCCGACUUCGGAGCGAAGCUCUCCUGUGGAAGGUUUUAAGAAGGACUACAUGGAUGAUAGAGUUCCAUUAAAACGAAGAAUCCCAGAUCCCCGUGAGCGUUUAAAGGAGGACGACCUGGACGUAGUACUGAGCCCACAGCGACGCAGUUUUGGAGGUGGAUGUCAGGGAAAUGCUGCACCUCAUACUCGUCGCCCAAUCAGCCCCUUGGAAAACAAGGAGAAUGACAGUCUCCGUAUGGGAGGGUCACGCAGAAUUGGCAGUGGACGCAUAAUUGCUUCACGUGCCUUUGAAAGGGAAGCUCGUGCAGAGAAGGAAAAGGAACGUGAGAGAGAAUUGAAGGAUAAAAGAUUCAGGAGAGAUUUUGGUGACAAGCGUGUGUUUAGUGAAAGAAGAAGGAAUGACUCUUAUGCAGAGGAGGAGCCAGAGUGGUUCUCAGGGGGGCCCACCAGCCAGUCUGAGACAAUUGAGCUUAUUGGAUUUGAUGACAAAAUCCUGGAAGAUGAUAAACGCAAAACCAAGCGGUCAAGGAAGCGGACAGAGUCUGUGAAAGAAGUAGUGGAAUGUAAUGGUGGACAGUCUGAGGAGCAAGAUGUGGGUUUGCAGUCGUCAGCUGAUCAGGAAGUUCCCCAUACGGAUGUUCUGCCGGAGUCUUCAACCGGUGACUUUGACUUCAACGAAUUCUUCAAUCUAGAGAAGACCAUGCCGGGACUGGCCUCUAUGAUAGAGGAUGUUUUGGGAGAGGGCCCUGUGUCAGCUAGUCGCUUCAGUCAGUGGUUCUCCAGUAACCAAAGUCCAGGCAGCCGGUGCAGCAGCUUGAGGUCCACUCCUCAUGAAGAGCUGGAAAAACUAGCAGGUCUUGAACCACGCUGCACAUCCCCCAGACAAGGAAGUACCUCAUACUUCGCACCUAUUCAAUCAUCUGAAUCCAAGGAGAAGGUCGACAUCCUGGAACUGCUGCAUAAGGCCAAAAUAGAUCUGAAACCCCUUCUUUCCACCCUCUCUGCCAAUAAGGCUCGGCUCCGGGACGGCACUACUUCUGGAGUGGUGCUCUCACUGGAGGAGGUGGAGGGAGAAAUGAAGGGAAUGAGGCUUGACUCAGAACCACAGGUGCGGAAGGUGCCACCUGCUGAGAGAGGAAAUGGCACACCCUUCAUGGCUGAACAUUUGGAAGAGGCUUUAACUGGUGGGUUGAGUGCCCAUCCACGCUCACGUGACACUGACAUGUCAGCCUUUAAUAAACUGGUCAGCAGCAUGAAGGCAAGUGGAACUCUGCCACCUCACCCCAAAACCAACACAAACACUCAAACUCCAGACCAAGCUGUAGUGACACUGCCUGAUGCCCAAGUACCUGGACAGCUGCAGAAAAAUAUAUUCCAGGAGCUAUUGGGAGUUCGUAGUGGCUCCCCAACACAGUUUCGUAAUUUGGUGGGUAGCUCCGAGGCCUCAGUGACUUCUGCCCCUCUAGGUGGCCUACUACACAAAGGCCCUUCACCACCUCUUUUUCCACAGAGGGCACCCUCACCUGAAUACUACAAUAGUCAGUUGCAACCUUCUGCAGGAUUUCCUGUUGGUCCUCAGCCCAUGCUGCCGGAGCGGUUUGUUGAUAUACACAGGUCUAUCAGCCCUGGAUCUGCUGCACAGCAACAGAUGAGGGCACUCCCUAUUCCUGUUAACCAAGCAGACUUGGAAGCACUGGCAUUCCAGCAGGAUCUUGCUCUACAUGCCCACCACCCAUUCCAGUCUGGUUACAAGCAGCCUCAAGACAAAUCUUUCCGAAAUAGACUGCAGCGAGUUAAUCGUUCCCCUGGACCAGGCACUCAGCCUGCUGGGAGAAACUCUCCAGGAAAUGCUGUCACCAGUAUGCUGUCUCCUUCAUUUACACCCACAUCUGUGAUCCGCAAAAUGUACGCAACUAAAGAGAAGAGCAAAGAUGAACUUUCAAGUCGUUCAGAGACCAAGGAAGACUCAUCAGCACAUACUCAUGAUGGCAGCAGCUCCCCAAAUCUAUACCUGGAAGCAGUGGAUGGUAAUGGAGCUCAGUCAGGGGGCAUGAAGACCAGCUCACAGACUUUGCAAAGCAAAGAACAAGAGCGCCUCAGGCCUGGCUCCACUGGACACCAUACACCCACCAUGGUACCUCCAGGACCAUCGUCUUUCCCUCGUCCUGUCUACCCAGUACCGCUGCUAUCUCACGUGCCUAUGGUGCGCCCUCCUCCCCAGCUCCACCCUGCAGUGCAACGUAUGUUAGCACAGGGUAUCCAGCCUCAGCAGCUAGGACCUGCAGGUAUAUUUCCACCACAUGACCUUGCACAACUUCAAGGCUUGCCUCCCGCUCUGCUUGGACAACCACUGUACCCUCUAAGUGCAACUGGGCAUCCACUUCUACCUCCCAGAGCCAAUGCUCAGAUGCAGUUGGCAGCAAUGCAACAGCAACUUCAACAGCAACGACCAAUAUAUUCCAACAUCCCUGGCGCUCAGUCACAGAGCCAAGGCCCCCACCGGACAAAUGGCUCCCAGCGACAUGGCAGCAGCCCACCUCUAAGCCUCACCAAGUGGUUUGGAUCAGAUGUGCUAGAGCAGCCACUCCCUUCUAUGCCAGCCAAGGUCAUAAGUGUAAACGAAUUAGAGUUCCGGCCAUAGGACAAUAAACACUGCUGGAUUUUUUUUUUUUUUUCUUCUCUCCCCUCUUUGCCCAUGUCCACCACUUCUUUACUGUGAAAAUGUGAACUUUAAUUUGAAAGAUGGUGCACACAACAGGACAAUGUAACUAAGCCAUGCUUUGUCAUCAGUAUGGAAGUCACUUUUUUUUUUUUUUUUUUUUUUUUUUUUUUUGGGAAGAGGCAAGUGACAGAGAUCUGUUUUGCCAGCUGAGUGAAAAUAUAUAUAUUUUUUUUGUAUGAGACUGCACAGCAAUGUAUAGGCCCAAUUGUACAGACCAUGGGAAAGACUCUUCUCCGUGUAUAUAAGGUGUGGUGUGUUUAUUUUAUUUUUUUUUAUUUUUUUUCUUCCUCUCUCUCCCAUCUUGGUAAGGGGGAGCUAUUUUGAUUGUGCAGUUUGAAUAACUGCGACAAAGUCAGCAAAAGCUGGUAGCAUUCCUCUGUCGUGUCUACCUAAUCUCUCACCUGAACUGCUCGGAGAGGGGGGGUCACAUGGUGAGAGGUGUCGCGAUGAGUAAUUUUAGCGCAUAUACCCAUCCCUUCAUGGCAUAGAUAGUGGCCCUUUUCUGUAGAAGUGGAGCAUUAAAGAUGCCUCUGGGGGAUGCAGCAAGCUGUUUGUGCCUUUUUGUGGGUUCCCCCCCCCCUAAACCGUAUCCUACCAUUCACUAAAGGGGGCAACACUGCUCAGUCAUUUUUGAGGGUGGUUGGGAUUCAGUUUGUGUGCUAUUAAGUUAUAAGAAGCACAAAUAGAAUUAAUAAAUAAAAUCUU